GGAAGUGGGCCGGCCAGGCUCCGCCCUGUGAGGUGGCAGCUGUGCUGCAGCUGCAGGAGGAGGAGCAGCAGCAGCAGCAGCAGCGGUAGCAGCGGCAACAGGGCGCGGGUCUGCCCCGGUUCCCUCGGGGUCGAUCGGCGCCGCUCCUCCUGCCCUCUCCCUUCUCCCCUCUCCCCUCCAGUCCUGCAGCCCCCUUCUUAAGUGUCCUCGGAGCUGGGAACGGGGUCUGCCCCAUUCCCUCCACCCCUGGAGCCAGUCCUUCCCCCCCCCUCCGGAAACCAGCGCCUCUUCCCACCUCCCUACAAAACCUUAGAUGCAUCCCCUUUUCCCCCACCCGUCGUCCCCCCCCCAAAGAUUGGCUUAAAUCUUUUUUUUGGAGGGGGGGGUGGGUGUCUUCCACCUUGGGGGAGACCAGAUCCGGCCCCAGUCGGGCUCCGUAAAGGAUUCGCCGCCCUCCUCCCCAUUCGAAGCUUUCCGAAGACGCUGCCCAAAGAGGCCCGCAAGAGUCGGUCGGACUGGCAACGGAGCGAGGGCUGCGAACAUGGCGGUUUGAGCAGUCGGCUCACGCCCCCGCCGCCUCCUUCCUCCAGGACCGGUGGGGUUUCUCCGACUGGGGUCCCGAGGAAGGGUCGUCAGUGGGGUGUCGCCCCCUUAGAGCUCCUGGGCGGAAGAAAGUCUCCUGUUGCCACGGAGGACCUGCUUCCGGGAGUUGGGAGCGUCUUGUCCCCUCGCCCCUAAGGGGCCCGGAGGCGGGGCAUCGCGCCCGGGCUGCCCCCCCGAAGGGAAGGAUGCGGCCCCAUCGCUCCCCCUAAAGUCCCGAGCUUCCUCCGCCUUGGCCCGGAGCCCCGGGGAGCUGGGUGUAUGGCUCAUCGCCCCCCGCUGCCGCAGCUCCGAUCCUGCCCUGCUCACCCUUGGGGCCCGGGCAGGGCGUCGGGCCGGGAGGCCGUUGCCAAGGAAUUCCGGGCUUCCCGAGCGGUGCCCCUCUUCCUCUCCAGAUUUCCCGGGUAAUGCCGGAGCUGGGCCUCGGGAGCCCUCCAGCCUCGCCCAGCGCUCCGUCCCGAGCCCCGUCCAUCCUCAUCCCCAUCCUCAUCCCCGAAGGCGCGCCCCCAGUCUGGCCACCAUGCGCCUGGGGUCCCUCCUGGCCGUGCUGCGGCCGGCGCUGCCCCUCAUCCUGGGACUGUCCCUGGGCUGCAGCCUCAGCCUCCUGCGGGUCUCCUGGAUCCAGGGGGAGAGCGAGGACCCGUGCGCGGAGGCGGCGGCGGCGGCGGAGCCCGGGGGCCCGCGGAACCCCGAUCCCAGGGCCCGGCAGCCUCACGGCGACGACGACUUCGAGCCCCGCAUCGUCCCCUACUACAGGGACCCCAACAAGCCCUACAAGAAGGUGCUGAGGACCCGCUACAUCCAGACGGAGCUGGGGUCCCGGGAGCGGCUGCUGGUGGCCGUGCUGACGUCCCGGGCGGGCCUGUCCGGCCUGGCGGUGGCGGUGAAUCGCACGGUGGGGCACCACUUCCCGCGGCUCCUCUACUUCACGGGGCAGCGGGGGGCGCGGGCGCCGGCCGGGAUGCAGGUGGUGUCCCUGGGGGACGAGCGGCCCGCCUGGCUCAUGUCCGAGACGCUGCGGCACCUGCACGCCCACUUCGGGGCCGAGUACGACUGGUUCUUCGUGAUGCAGGACGACACGUACGUGCAGGCCCCGCGGCUGGCCGCCCUGGCCGGCCACCUGAGCAUCAACCAGGACCUUUACCUGGGCCGGGCCGAGGAGUUCAUCGGGGCCGGCGAGCAGGCCCGCUACUGCCACGGCGGCUUCGGCUACCUGCUGUCCCGCAGCCUCCUGCUCCGCCUGCGGCCCCACCUGGACGGCUGCCGCGGGGACAUCCUCAGCGCCCGGCCCGACGAGUGGCUCGGACGCUGCCUCAUCGACUCCCUGGGCAUCGGCUGCGUCUCCCAGCACCAGGGUCAGCAGUAUCGCUCCUUUGAGCUGGCCAAGAACAGGGAUCCCGAGAAGGAGGGGAGCGCAGCGUUCCUCAGCGCCUUCGCCGUGCACCCCGUGUCCGAGGGGACCCUGAUGUACCGGCUGCACAAGCGGUUCAGCGCCCUCGAGCUGGAACGGGCCUACAGCGAGAUAGAACAACUGCAGGCCCAGAUCCGCAACCUGACCCUGCUGACCCCGGAGGGCGAGGCCGGGCUGAGCUGGCCCGUGGGGCUCCCGGCCCCCUUCAGCCCGCGGUCCCGUUUCGAGGUGCUGGGCUGGGACUACUUCACGGAGCAGCACCUCUUCUCCUGCGCCGACGGGGCCCCCAAGUGCCCGCUGCGGGGGGCGGGCCGGGCCGACGUGGGCGACGCGGUGGACGCGGCCCUGGAGCAGCUGAACCGGCGCUACCAGCCCCGCCUGCGCUUCCGCAAGCAGCGCCUGCUCAACGGCUACCGGCGCUUCGACCCGGGCCGGGGCAUGGAGUACACGCUGGACCUGCUGCUGGCCGUCACCCAGCGCGGCCACCGCCGGGCCCUGGCCCGCCGCGUCAGCCUGCUGCGCCCGCUCGGCCGGUGGAGAUCCUGCCCAUGCCCUAACGUCACCGAGGCCACCCGCGUCCAGCUGGUGCUGCCGCUCGCCGCCGAGGCGGCGGCCGCCCGGCCUUCCUGCGGGCCUAACGCGGCCGGCGUCCUGGACCGCGAGCACGCGCUGCUGACCCUGCUCCUGGUGUACGGGCCGCGCGAGGGGGGCAGCGGCCGGGCGGGGGGCGCCCGACCCCUUCGCCGGGUGCGGGCCGCGGCGGCCGAGCUGGAGCGGCGCCACCCCGGGGCGCCCGCCUGGUUGGCCCGUGCGGGCCGAGGCCCCUCGCAGGUGCGGCUCCUGGACGUGGUGUCCAAGAAGCACCCCGUGGACACGCUCUUCUUCCUGACCACCGUCUGGACGCGGCCGGGCCCCGAGGCCCUGAACCGCUGCCGCAUGAACGCCAUCGCCGGCUGGCAGGCCUUCUUCCCCGUCCACUUCCAGGAAUUUCAGCCCGGCCCUGACCCCGCCCCGGCCGGCCGCCCGCCCCGCCCCGAGCCGGCCCGCCCCGCCCCGGCCGGCGGCCGCUUCGACCGCCAGGCCUCGGCCGAGGGCUGCUUCUACUCGGACUACCUGGCGGCCCGGGCGCGGCUGGCGGCCGAGCUGGAGGGCCAGGAGGAGGAGGAGGCCCUGGAGGUGGAGGUCCUGGACGUCUUCCUGCGCUUCUCGGGGCUGCACCUCUUCCGGGCCGUGGAGCCGGGGCUGGUGCAGGCCUUCGCCCCCGCGACCUGCAGCCCGCGUCUCAGCGAGGAGCUUCUAUCACCCGGCUGCCGCCUCAGCAACCUCGAGGGCCUGGGGGGCCGGGCCCAGUUGGCCAUAGGCCCUGUUCGACAGGACAGGGCCAACAGCACCAUAGCCGACCCCCCGGCGGGGGCCGAUUCGGCACGCACGGAGAACCCCGGACCCUCGGGCGGCUCGGUUGGGGGUUUUUGGUUGGGGUUUUUUUUUUUUAACAUAACAUGUAAAAGUUCUUCGGCCAGAUCAGCCCCGGACCGGUCGAGCGGAGCGGAAGGGGGUUGA